CCACGAGUUACGCAACACCUGAAAACAUAAAACUCCCUGCUGCACACUUUAUCUUUUACAGGAAGACAGCGUUUUGAAGUGGGUGAAAAUGUCCGAGAAAGUUGUGUUGCAUUACUUCAAUGGCAGAGGGAAGAUGGAGUCGGUCCGAUGGCUGCUGGCUGCAGCUGGAGUCCAGUUUGAGGAAGUGUUUUUGACCAAACGGGAGGAGUAUGAAAAACUGCUGAAUGGUAAUGAUGGAGCCCUGAUGUUUCAGCAGGUGCCUUUGGUUGAAAUAGACAGGAUGCAGCUCGUGCAGUCAAAGGCUAUCUUGAAUUACAUCGCUGGAAAAUACAGUCUAUAUGGAAAAGACCUUAAAGAACGGGCUAUGAUCGACAUGUAUUCAGAGGGAAUCGGUGAUCUCAUGGAUUUGGUUAUAAUGUAUCCGUUCACACCACCUGAAAACAAACAGAAACACCUCAGUAAUAUAGAGCAAAAGGCCAAAGAUCGCAUUCUUCCUGUGUUUGAAAAGGGUCUUGCAAACUCUCAGUUCCUUGUGGGAAACCAGCUGAGCCGUGCUGACAUUCACCUUCUUGAAGUCACUCUGAUGCUGCAGGAGUUACUCCCUACAAUACUUGCAAGCUUUCCCAAAAUCCAGGCGUUUCAAGAGAAAAUGAAGGCCUUGCCAACAAUCGGCAAGUUCCUCCAGCUGGGCAGCGCAAGAAAACCUCCACCCGAUGAAGCGUAUGUGAAAACCGUGAAGGAGGUGUUGAGCCACCUUUUCAAAUAGAAGGCUCGAGGUUUUACACUAA